GGAAAUGUUUCCACUCGUUCCACCCCAACUUUCACAGUUUCCCGUUGUGGUGCAUAUAUAUAUAUAUAUAUAUAUAUAUAUAUAUUUUAAUAUUUACACAAUGAAGAUAGUCACCUGGAAUAUAAACGGUAUACGGACUUUCAGAUGUGGAAUAAAAAAGACUCUGGAUUCGCUGGAUGCCGAUAUUAUAUGUGUGCAGGAGACCAAAGUGACGAGAGAUCUGCUCGAUGAGAGGACCGCCAUAGUUGACGGCUACACCUCCUACUUCAGUUUCAGUCGAGGACGAAGUGGCUACUCAGGUGUCGCCACUUAUUGCAAGGACUGUGCCACACCGUUUGCCGCUGAGGAGGGGCUCACCGGUCUUUUGGCCAAUGGCGAGGGAGCUGUUGGUUGCUACGGUAACCACUCCGACUUUACGGACGAGGAGCUGCAGCUUUUGGAUAACGAGGGGCGAGCCGUCAUCACGCAACACAGAAUCCAGUGUUCGGAGAAAGUACAAACCGUCACUGUCAUAAAUGUCUACUGUCCACGAGCGGACCCGGAAAAGCCGGAGCGCAAACACUUCAAACUGCAGUUCUAUCGGGUGCUUCAAGGUCGAGCUGAGGCUCUGUUGAAGAAAGGAAGCUCGGUCAUUGUUUUGGGGGAUGUCAAUACCUCGCAUCGACCCAUCGACCACUGUGACCCAAAUAAAAUCGAUGACUUUGAGGACAACCCAGGUAGAAAAUGGCUCAACAGUUUUUUAAGGGACGAAAAAGCGUCGUCGUCGUCGGCAGAUUUCAGCCACGGCGGCAAGUUUGUGGACACGUUUCGCUAUUUCCACCCGAGUCGCGCCUGCGCCUUCACGUGUUGGUCCACUCUGACGGGGGCUCGCCGUACCAACUACGGCACACGCAUCGACUACAUCUUCGCUGACGGUCAGCUAGCGGAGGAGCAGUUCGCGGCGGCCGACAUCGUGCCGGAGGCGGAGGGGUCGGACCACUGUCCCGUGUGGGGGGUGCUCCGGUGCUCUCCGCUGCCCAGUUCCAAGCCCCCCCCUCUCGCCACAUGCCACCUGCCGGAGUUUGCCGGCAAGCAGCAGAAACUCGCGCGCUUUCUGGUGAAGGUGGACCAGAAGUCGUGUCGGACUGACGAGGCGCUGCCUGGAUCUCACGACGGAGGAGAAAGGAGAGAGAAUAUAAACGUCUCGGCGGCUCCAAAGCCAACCACCGGUCCAGAGUCCGUUCACCGGCCGGGCAAAAAGCCCAAGACAAUCAAGACUUGUUCAAAGUCACAGGGGAACCUUCUUGCCUUUUUUCAACCCAAAACUGGGAAUUCCCUCAAAGGGUCCCCAGUCAGGGAUGACCCGAUUGCAUCGCGGCCUCUGAGCACGACGCCGGAGGCACCCGCCGAACAUUUGAGUUCGCGGCCACCCGGCCCACCUUCCGGCAGGGCAGCCUCGUUGCACUUUUGGAAAUCAGUCCUCCGCGGGCCGCCCCCGCCGCCCGCCUGCAGGCUCCACGGGGAGCCUUGCGUGCUGCGGACUGUCAAGAAGGGGGGGCCGAACACGGGCCGGCGGUUCUUUGUUUGCGCCCGGCCUCAAGGGCACGCUGCCAACCCGGAGGCUCGGUGUAACUUCUUUGCGUGGGUUGACGGGGGCAAAUGACAGCCCCCCACCCCCACCCCCACCCCAAGAAAAACAGAACUCUCCAAAUAUUUCAUUGCUACUUCAC